AUGUCACAGUCUGAAACAUUUCAAAAAGAAAAAAAUGAGGAAGUGAAUAAAGAUAAAAAGAUUGGUGAUGGUGAUAAAUAUACUUUUCCUAUUACACCAAUAGAAGAUUUUAAAGAUAAACCUUAUCCUAAAACUGCCGCUUGUCUUAUUAUCGGUGAUGAAAUUCUUAAUGGAAAGACUGUAGAUACGAAUUCUUCUACUUUUGCCAAAUAUUGUUUUGAACAUGGUAUCGAUUUAAAAAGAAUUGAAGUUAUUCCGGAUGAGGAAGACACGAUUAUCCAAUCUGUGAAAUAUCUUAGUAAUAACUUUGAUUUCGUUAUUACGAGUGGAGGAAUAGGACCAACUCAUGACGAUAUAACGUAUCCUUCAAUCGCAAAGGCGUUUAAUCUUCCAUUAAAGCAGCAUCAACUAACAUAUGAUCGUAUGAAUGAUUUUGCAAAAAAUAUUCCAGCGAUAUCAAAAUAUAUGAAACCAGAUCCAGGUCAUGAAGCUAUUGAAGCAAGUAAACGAAUGUCAUUAUUUCCUGAUCCAUCAACUGUUAUAUAUCCGGAUGAAAAAUUAUGGGUUCCAAUAGUAAUAGUUAAUAAAAAUGUUCAUAUAUUACCAGGAAUCCCUCGUUUAUUUAAAAGUUUAUUAUUCAAUUUUAGUAAAUAUUUAAGAAUUAGACAAAAUGGUGAUAAAGGUGAAAAUUUUUAUAGAAAAUUUGUAAAAACUUUUCAACCUGAAAGUUAUAUUGCUCCCAUUUUAACUGAAGUACAAGGGAAAGUUAAGGAUAUAGGAAUUAAAGUUGGUAGUUAUCCUAAAUACACUACUGAUAAGAGAUGGGUGAUUAUUGUUAGUUUUCUUACUAGAGAAAAUAAUAAAGAUAAAGUUGAAGAACUAUGUAAAGAAGUUGCUGAAAAAACCGAUGGAACUAUUAUUGAUACUGACGAUGUGAUUACUGGUGAUUAUGAAAACAAACUUUAA